UCAAAAGGCCCUUUUUACUUUAGAGAUUACUCCACUUAAUUUAGGUUAUAGAGGCUGUGAAAGACUUGGAAUAAAGAACUCUGACCCAGUCAUCAAAUAUCUAACGAAUUCAACUUUAAUUACAUUUUUUGUUGUGUUGAAUAAUUGGAGAAUCUUUUAUUAUUAAUUUAUAUCUUUUUUUUUUUUUGAAAGAACUCCUUUCAAUUAUAAAUCAGAUAUUCUCGUGUCUUUUAAGAUAUAGAGAAGUAAGAGCUGGAGUAAAGUAUAAGGCUAUAAAGCAAAUUCGUGAAGUUUAUAAAUUGAACUUUUCUAGAAGAAAUUAUAUCAAUUAAUAGUAUUCAGGUGUCAUGGUUAGAGCAGAUCUUCCGGAAGAAGUGGCUUUGAACCCUGAACUUUAUGGGUUAAGAAGAUCUCACAGAGAAAGACGAGGACCAGCCAUUGUAGAAAGUGAUGGUAGUGAUACUGAAGAUGUCAUCAAAAAGUCCAAGAAAAAACCUAAAUAUAAAGAUGAGUAUGAAAGUGAAGACGACCUGGUUGAUAUGGAUGAUGAUGAAGAUGAUGAGGAUGAAGAUUUUAUGAGCUCGUCUACUUCAAGAAAGAGAAAGGUAACGAAGCCAAAGAAAUCAAAAGCAUCUACUAAAAGAACUAAGAAAUCUCCUAGUGUAUCAAUUCCUGCUGAAAUCAGAUUUUCUUCAAGAAAUGCUAAACAAGUGAAUUAUAUGGUUGAUGAUGAAGAUAAUGAGGAUUUACUUGAAAGUGAAGAAGAAGAUGAAAAUGGUGAUUACUAUUACUAUGAGAAGGCCAAUGAACUGGAAGAACCAGAAAAGGGUAUUGAUCUUGUAAUGGACCACAAAUUAAAUGAAGAUAAUGCUGAAAUCACUGAUGAUCCAAAAUUGGAUUAUGUAUUCCUUAUUAAAUGGAAUGAUAGUUCACAUUUACAUAACACUUGGGAGGAUUGGAAAACUUUGAAAACAUAUAAAGGAUUUAGAAAGGUUGAGAAUUAUAUUAAACAAUUCAUUAUUUUAGAUAAGGAAGUUCGAAUGGACCCACUUACAACAAAGGAGGACAUUGAAGCCAUGGAUAUUGAAAGAGAGAGAAAGCGUGACGAGCAAGAUGAAUAUACCCAAGUGGAGAGAAUUGUUGAUAGUGAAAGAGUUGAAGUAGAUGGUGAGAGUCAAUUACAAUAUUUCUGUAAAUGGAAGAGAUUGUAUUAUGAUGAAUGUUCAUGGGAAAAUGCCGAAGAAAUAGCGAACAUUGCCCCCGAACAAGUUGCCAAAUAUCAACAAAGACUAAAUUCUAAAAUUCUUCCAAAUUUAUCUGCUAAUUAUCCUUUAAGUCAAAGACCAAGAUUUGAAAAGCUUGUUAAGCAACCAUUAUUUAUCAAGAAUGGUGAAUUAAGAGAUUUCCAAUUGACUGGAUUAAAUUGGAUGGCCUUUUUAUGGUCUAGAAAUGAAAAUGGGAUUUUAGCUGAUGAAAUGGGGUUAGGUAAGACUGUUCAAACUGUUGCUUUCCUUUCUUGGUUAAUUUAUGCUAGAAGACAAAAUGGUCCACAUCUUGUAGUGGUGCCAUUAUCAACUAUACCGGCUUGGCAAGAAACUUUUGAAAAAUGGUCUCCUGAUGUAAAUUGUAUUUAUUAUUUGGGAAACACAGAAGCCAGAAGGAACAUUAGAAAUUAUGAAUUCUUCAAUAACAAUAAUAAGCCAAAGUUUAACAUUUUGUUGACUACUUAUGAGUACAUUUUGAAAGAUAGAUCAGAACUUGGAAGUAUCAAAUGGCAAUUUUGUGCAGUUGAUGAAGCUCAUAGACUUAAGAAUGCAGAAUCUUCUUUAUAUGAAUCUUUAAGAUCUUUCAAAACCGCCAACAAACUUCUUAUUACUGGUACUCCAUUACAAAAUAAUAUCAAGGAAUUGGCAGCUUUAUGUAACUUCUUAAUGCCAGGGAAAUUUAGUAUUGAGCAAGAAAUUGAUUUUGAUACUCCUAAUGAUGAUCAAGAAGAAUAUAUUAAAGAUUUACAGAAAAACAUUCAGCCAUUUAUUUUAAGAAGGUUGAAGAAGGAUGUUGAGAAAUCUCUUCCAUCAAAGACUGAAAGAAUCUUAAGAGUCGAAUUGUCAGACAUGCAAACUGAUUAUUAUAAAAAUAUUAUCACAAAGAAUUAUUCUGCAUUGAACGCUGGUAAUAAAGGAUCUCAGAUCUCAUUGUUAAAUGUCAUGAGUGAGUUGAAAAAGGCUUCAAAUCAUCCAUAUUUGUUUGAUGGAGCCGAACAACGUGUUCUUCAUAGUGCGGGAUCCAAUUCAAGAGAUACCAUCUUAAGAGGUAUGAUUAUGUCUUCCGGUAAAAUGGUUUUAUUAGAACAACUUUUAACUAGAUUGAAGAAGGAAGGCCAUAGAGUGUUGAUCUUCUCUCAAAUGGUUCGUAUGUUGGAUAUUUUAGGUGAUUAUUUGGCCAUUAAAGGUUAUCAAUUUCAAAGACUUGAUGGUGGUAUUCCAUCUUCCCAAAGAAGAAUUUCCAUUGAUCAUUUCAAUGCACCAGAAUCAAAAGAUUUCUGUUUCUUAUUAUCUACAAGAGCUGGUGGGUUAGGUAUUAAUUUAAUGACUGCUGAUACUGUUAUUAUUUUUGAUUCCGAUUGGAACCCACAAGCUGAUUUGCAAGCAAUGGCUAGAGCUCAUAGAAUCGGUCAAAAGAACCAUGUGCUGGUCUACAGAUUUGUCAGUAAGGAUACCGUAGAAGAAGAAAUUUUGGAAAGAGCUAGAAAGAAGAUGAUUCUUGAAUAUGCAAUUAUUUCUUUGGGUAUUACUGAUCCAAAUUCAAAGAAGAGCAAGACUGAACCUUCUGCAGGUGAAUUGACUCAAAUCUUAAAGUUUGGUGCUGGAAAUAUGUUUAAAGCCAACGAUAACCAAAAGAAGUUGGAAGAAUUGAAUUUGGAUGAAGUUUUGGACCAUGCUGAAGAUCAUGUAACUGCCCCUGAUUUAGGAGAAUCUAAUUUGGGAUCAGAAGAAUUUUUGAAACAAUUCGAAGUUACCGAUUAUAAGGCAGAUGUUGAAUGGGAUGAUAUUAUUCCACAAGAAGAAUUAACUAAAUUGAAGGAAGAAGAAAAGAAGAGAGCAGAUGAAAGUUUCCUCCAAGAACAAAUAUCCAUGUACUCCAGAAGAAAGGCUGCUGUCAAAAGUUUACAAGAAGGAGGAGACAUUGCCAGUGAUUCAGAAAGCGAAGAUAGUAGACGUAGUAGGGCUAGAAAGAGAAACAAUAUCGAAGAUCAUCAACUUUCUGAAAAGGAAAUUAGAGGUAUUUACAGAUCUAUGUUGAAGUACGGUGAUUUGGCAGGGAAGUGGGAACAACUUGUGGAAGAUGGAAGUAUUUCUAAUAAGAAUCCAGUUUUGAUCAAGCACGCGUACAACGAAAUUAUCAAUACUUCCAGAAAUCUUGUUAGAGAUGAGGAGGCAAGAAGAACUAAGGCACUCGCUGAAUUAGAAAAAUUGGCAUUGGAGCUGAAAGAUAAAAAUACAGUCAACCCAGACGGGACUACACCUAUGGCUUUAUGGGUUGCUAAGAAGAAGGAAAAGAAAGCAGUGUUGUUUGAAUACCAAGGAGUUAAAAACAUAAAUGCAGAAUUGGUAUUAAUGAGACCACAAGAUAUGAAAAUGCUUGAAUCUAUGAUUCCAAAGAACAAACCUACAUCUUUUGAAUUACCAAAAAUUCCUAAGGGAGUGACUCAAUGGUCAUGUGAAUGGGGUAUGAAAGAUGACGCUAUGUUACUUGUUGGUGUUUAUAAAUUCGGAUAUGGUUCAUGGACUCAAAUUAGGGAUGAUCCUGUUUUGGGAUUACAAAACAAACUUUAUCUUGAGGCUCCACUUACAAAGGAACAGAAGGAAGACAAGGCCAAUAAAAAGGUUCCAGGAGCUGUGCAUCUUGGUAGAAGAAUAGACUAUUUGUUCAGUUUAUUGAAAGGUGAUGAUGAACCUUCACAAGUUGGUGGAAAUGGUGUCGUGAAAAAGAGAAUUAGAAAGCCUAAGACUGAUACUCCUACUCCAAAACCACUAAAGGGCAAACCUAAACCAGAAUCUACCAUCAAGAAGACCAAGAUAAAGAAGCCCCUCUCUGCAGGAUCUACCCGUGGAUCUCCAGCUAGUACUACAAUGAACUCUCCAAAAUUAGAACAAACUAGCACUAAUGGAACUUCAACGGCUCAUUCUUCGAGAGACAAGGCUGAUGAAUCCGAUGUUCUUGAAUAUGAUAGUAUGGAUGAAGCUGAAUGUAAAGCUGCAUUGAAGCCAGUUUCGAAAUCCUUGAUGAAACUUCACAAGGGAAGUCAUGGUCUUGAAAAAUCCGAAUGGGCUCAUAUCUUGAAGAAUGAGUUACUUACUAUUGGUGAUUUCAUUGAAUCUCCACAAGCAAGCUCACCUUCUUUAGCAAAGAAGAAGAAACAUUUGUGGUCGUACGCAAGUAUUUACUGGCCUGCCAAGGUUCCAAGUAAAAAGAUUAAUGACAUGUAUAAUAGAGUUAAAGCACAGACUCGUGCUCCAAAGGAGCCAAAACAGGAAUGAACUAUAUCUUAAUUACCAAAUGAAGAAAAACACAUCCCCAAAACCAAAAAAAAAGAAGCCAUUGACUUCAAACUACACACAAUCUUCGAAGUAUACUCUUUUCUACUCAAAGGUGAGAUUUUUAUAUUUUAUAAUAUUUUAAAUUAAAUGUACAUUUAUAAUUCUAGACUUCAUUCGUAAAU